AGCCGCCCAUCAGCAAACCACCCCCUUUGUGUCCGGGGCCGUGGCUCCUUGGAUGCACGGCCAGGAUGGAUGACUCUGAAGAGAACCUCUUUCUCAGACUGCAGGACAGUGAAGGAAUCGCGGAAGUCCACGACCUGUUGGGCACCGGGAGCUUCAGCUUCGUCUUCCGAUGCACGGUGCACGGGCUCGAUGAGCCGGUGGCAGUGAAAGUCUUGAAGAACAAGGACAUGCUACCAGGGCGCGGCCGCGAGUCUGAGUUUAUCCAAGGCUUGCGCCAUCCGAACUUGGUGAACGUCCUGGGCAUCUUUGAGGGCGAUGUGCAUUAUGUGAUUUUGGAACUCUGCGAGGGUGGCAGCUUGCAGGAUGUCAUUCACCGGGACGGCCUUUGGCCCACCGUUCCUUUGGCUCAUAGACUCAGAGCAGGGUAUGACAUCGCGGCGGCUUUAGACUUUCUUCAUCAACAGGACAUCCUGCACAGGGACGUGAAAUCUGGGAACGCCUUUCUCCUGACGCCCCUGCAAGAGGGCGAGGCGAUCCCCACAGUGAAGCUCGGGGACAUGGGAUUCGCACGACCAGUCAGUGACUUCGACAUGAUGACACAGGGCGUGGGGACCCUCCGUUACAUGGCCCCAGAAGUACUGAACUCUGGCGAAUACAAUUGCCAGGCGGAUGUCUUUUCUUUCGGCAUCCUCCUGCACGAAAUCCUCUCAGGAGAGAUACCAUUCGGGAGUCGGAACGAAGCCUCCUUGUGCCUUUUGAUUAUGGGUGGCCACCGACCUCCAGAGGAAGCCAUCCCGCCGGACUUUGGAGACCAAGAUCGGCAUAACCAGCUGUGGGCGAUUCUCCAGGCAUGCUGGGCCGAGGAUGCCGAUGAGAGGCCGACGGCGGGAGGGGCUGCUGGGCUGAUCCAUGGCCUGCUCUGCUAAUUCAGCAUCAUGACCAGUAGAAGGCGGCUGUCGCGCUUGAACGCGGCAAGUUGUGGCAGAUGGCAUUGAGCACACUUACCGGUGCCGCCUUGGUCGAAGCAGACUGCCUGUUUCGGUGUUUUUUGAACUGGCUGUCAGAGAUGUGGCCUGGGUUGCGCCUCGGCCACGGUCUCCAGGAAGGCCAGCGCUCACGCCUUUUUUGAGCGAACGAUGGCUGUGGGGGUCGCCCCAAAGCCCUACCCCGCAAGGCCCAGAAGCUUCCUCGCACCUUGAAUGAGCCGCGCAGGGGCUUUCCUUUGACUGCCGAAGGCAGAACAGAGAGGCCACCUCGCCGACUUGCGCAGCAGUCCACUCAGUCUUGUUUUUUUUCCACAUGAGA